GAAGUUUUGCUACUUGAUAUGGUAUAGCUGCUGCUUAUGAUCCUUUGCAGCGGGCGACAUCUCCGGAGCUCGAGAGGAACACAGUACAGCGAUUGAGUCAGACCCCCAAGCAGUCUAUACCCUUUCUCUGCAUGGUCUGCUCUCCAUGUGCUCGCCGUGCCUGUUGCCGACAGGCAGCUGUUGUCAGAGUCCAGAGCUCGGCCACCGGCCUUUGUCUUGGGCGACGGAGGGUUCGGCGAGUAUUAUAAACGUCAUACUGCUGGUGUCAUUUUUUUCUGUUUGCGCUCCACAGCUCAUAUAUCUACUGCUCACCAUAGUAAUCAUCUUAUUCCUCUCCUGCGAUCUGACUACAAACAUAACCUCUCUUGAAGCUCCAUACACCGAUACGGUUCCUCACUCCCCGCUUGGACCACCCUGGGAACUCCGUUUUGACAUCCAGCGACCUUUCCACGACACCUAUGCGACCACCAUCACCAACAUUCGUGACCUUUACCGGUGCUAUACUGCUCGGACUUGCGUCCGUUGCAGUUGCACAUGGCCACGAUGAGGAUAUGAAUAUGAAUAUGGGCGAGUCGUCCAUCACACGCCCAACCAUUACCUCCGGCGCCAAUGUCACUUUACCAGAGACGUACUUUCGGUAUGGCGAGCACUCCGGAUUACUGGCAGCGCACAUUUUCCUCAUGGUUGUUGCCUGGGUUUUCAUUCUGCCAAUAAGUGUCAUGCUGUCGAUUUCCCGCUCCCGGUACAAUCUGCUAGUACAAUUCGUCUUCCUGGCAGUAAACGGAGCCGGGGUCUUACUUCUCACCAUUUACAACGCGCCGGAUUUGUACCCAAACAAUGCGCAUCACAAGCUAGGAUGGAUCUUAACGUGGAUCAUGGGAGCGCAGGCGGUGAUGGGUGUUAUAAGCGCGUAUACGAGACGAAAAGACGAUCGCGGGGCGUUCAUCCCUGUCUCGACGCAGAAUAUCGAACAGCAUCAGCGCAUCCAUAAUAUGAGCCAGGCGCAAAUGUACCGUUUUUCAAACGACAGUGGUCAGGGCACUGAACCUAAUACUGAGUCUUUGAGAAGCCAGUCGAUUUCUUCGACACAUUCAGAUGAUCCCCAGCUUCCUGAUGUGCGCAUGGAGCACGAGGAAGAAGACCAGGAUGAGAAACUGGGCUUGAUGCAUGGUAGCAAGGUGGAUAAAUUCUUGUCUAAGAAGAUCCCAGGACUGGUUUCUGGGAGACUUUUGAGAGUUUUUCAGUUCUUUUAUAAUGUCAUCGAUCGCGUAAUCUUGAUUCUUGGGUUCGUUGCGAUGAGCACGGGGAUCGUUACUUACGGUGGAUUUUUUAUUGGGCCUGCAGUCUUCAAUGGACUUGCACACUUUAUCAAAGGUGGCGUGUUCUUCUGGUAUGGUAUCUUAACUAUUGGUCGUUGGGCCGGUUGCUUUGCGGACAUAGGCUGGGCCUGGAACAUCAAGCCCAACAAGGGAGGCCGAAGAAUAACUGCGGAGUUUGUGGAGAGCUUCCUCAUUUUCUUUUAUGGGUCUACGAACGUUUUCCUGGAGCAUUUGACUGCGUGGGGAGAGGAAUGGAGUGCUCAGGAUCUGGAGCACAUUUCGAUCACCGCUAUGUUCUUUGGUGGUGGAUUGUGCGGCAUGCUCAUCGAAUCAACCCGCAUACGCUCCCUCCUGAACGCUACCAAGUUAUCCCAAAUUCAUCCUUCCUACGGCUCAGAGAAAUCGCAGGAAUUAGAAGAGCCCAAAUCCUACGCCUUCCCAAUGAACCCCAUCCCCGCGCUAGUGAUUCUGCUCCUCGGAUUGAUGAUGUCCUCGCAUCACCAAGAGUCAAUGGUCGCGACGAUGAUCCAUUCGCAAUGGGGGACUUUACUCGUCGGGGCGGCAUUCGCAAGAGCUGCAACUUACAUUCUGUUCUACCUGAGCCCACCGGCAAGUGUUUUGCCUGGUAGGCCGCCGACGGAAUUGAUCACGGCGUUUUGUUUGAUGGCUGGGGGAAUGAUCUUCAUGGCUAGUGCACGAGAUCUCACCGAAGCAAUGGAAGCCAAUGGCCUGGACGCAAUGUUCAUCUUCACCGUCUCGAUGGGCGUGAUUACGUUCUUGAUGGCGUGGAUCAUUGUUGUUGUUGCCAUCAAAGGCUGGGCUGUGAGGAGGGAGAAUAGGAGUGCGUUUACGUACCGCCAGGUUGCGUGAUAAGCGCUGAGCGCGGCUCGCUCGCUCGCAAACAAGUGAGAGAAGGAGUGAGCAAUGAGGGAGGAAGAAAUGAGGGACUGUGAGAAGUCGUGGAUGGACAAGGGAACGAAGAACUGACGCAGCUUUCGCGGCAUUCAUGGCGCACAAUGAUACCACUUGACUUUUAAGAUAUUGAUGGGAGGAUAUGAGGAUAGAUUUAAUGAUAAUACUUUCUACGUGAGAUAUAAAGGUUACUGACUGAUCAAUAUUGAGAAGCCAGCGAAUUGCAAAGUCUUGUUUCCCCA